CGCAAAUUCGACGCGCGGACGAGACGACACCGCUUGCGCCAUGGCCUCAGGAGUGCCAUCGUCAUCGUCUCAUGCUUUUUCGAUGGAGGCAGUUGCCGCGUUGCGGGGAUUCGAGCUUCUUACUCGCUGCGUGUAUGUUCCGCCGCUUACGCAGCCGUCGCCAGUGGAAGCAGAACCGUGCUUCUGUAGCUCCACGGACCACACGGAUAGUGCGUGCCACGACACGGAAUGCAUCAACUACGCGACGUACGUGGAAUGCCCGCUGGAUCGAUGUCCUACCGGUCAUGCCUGCCGCAACCAGAGACUGCAACGUCCCGAAUUGUUUCCACGUCUUGAACCAUUCCAGACCGAACUCAAGGGCUUUGGCGUGCGGACGACCGAACGCGUGCGUGCACUUGACCCAGUCGGCGAAUACGUGGGUGAAAUCAUCGGGCAAAAGGAGUUGUAUCGUCGCACGAGCGGCCUUGGGCGGACGGAGACCAACUUUUACUACCUCCAGCUGUCGAACGGCGUGUACAUCGAUGCCCGGCAUCGCGGCGGGUUCACGCGGUUUGUCAACCAUAGCUGCAAACCGAAUUGCAAGGCUGAAAAGUGGACGGUUGGGGGCGAAACUCGACUGUUGGUGUUUGCGCUUCGGGAUCUCGAGCCGGGGGAGGAGCUCACGUUCGACUACCAAUGGACAGUUCUCGGUCGACAGAGAAUAAAAUGCUUUUGCGGGGAAGUCGAGUGCAAGGGGUUCAUCGGUGACGAAGUCGAGAAAAAGCCCAUGGACACCCCAGAUGGCGUGUUCCAGGACCCGACGGACACGGACUCCAUCGACGAGCACCUCGUGGGUCGGACCCUGCGAUUAUUCAACGCAUCGUCGACGAGCGACGGAUGUAAUGGCAGCACCGUUCCAUCGACAUUCUCGGUCGUACUGGUCAAGAGCUUCGACCCCACGACACAAGAGCACACGGUGGUGGACGCCACCGUCGACGGCACGAACAGCCCGACCUAUUCCAGGAUAAAUCGGCGUCGUCAGCGUCCGUCCAAUCGAUACGAUACCAGCAGUAGCAGCAGCGACGACGAAAUAUCUCUUGGCGACUCGAAACCAGCGUCACACGACACGUCACGAAGGGUCAACCUGUCGACGAUCCAGUGGCAAGUAUACAUUGACCUCCGCGGGAUGUCGCCCGAUGCCGUGCAGAAAGCUGUCUUUUCCAUCCCCAAGCUGAAUCGACCGCCACGCCGCCCAGACGCUCAAGUGUCGCUUUCGAGUGCAGUUCCGUCGGCGCCGGCGUCACCGCUGUACUUGACACCGCCCCAACCGUCCACCCCGACUUUGUCGAAUGGGAUGCCGCAGCUUCAGACGUACAAACUCCUACUCAAGGGACUGCCCCCUGCCGUCAAUGCAGCGCUUCUCAAGCGCAUGCUCGGACAUCGUGCAGGGACCCUCGUCGCGAUGGACCUCUUUUUCAUGGACACGCCGAUCUUUGGUCGUGUCGGUUGGGGCCUGGUCGAGUUUUCAGAUGCAGGCGUGUUCGAAGCCAUGCGAGCGCGUUUCGACAAUAAACCGUUCCUCACGACAACCGUGCGGUCGUUCCUGGCAACGGAUCAAGGCAUCGCGGGCUUUCAUCGCAUGAAGCAGCAUGUCCGACGGACAGCAACUGACAAUCCAGGUUCUCGGCCGUCGUCCUCGUCCAGCCACCGCCCGCCCUCUCGACAGCACCUGCGAUCGGACAGCCCCAUGAACCUUUCCCCAAUGGCGACAACAUCUGCAUCCGCGACAACAUCCUGUCCAAGCCACACGACGCCAUCAUCACUACCGCCCCCAACCCUGGAUGAAUACUGCAUGGGUCGCAAACUGAACUGGGUCGUGGAAUCGUCGUCACCCGAAUGGAAUUACGUGUCGCCGUCACGAAAGGCGGGACUGUCGGCGGCCGUCGAAGCCACGCUGCAAACGAAUUGCACCAAAAUCAUAGUGUCUGUGGUGAAGAUGCUCAAAUUCAACCGCGAAGACUUCGCCACCGCCGUUGUUCUCUUCCAUCGAUACGUGAGUACACACACGAUGAACGUGUCCACGAUCGAAUGGAUGGCCGCUACGUGUCUGCACGUUGUUCUGAAAGCGCACUCGCGCCAGUUCGAUUGGAACACGUUCCUCACGACAGUGUACACGGCCAAGUACAAUGGCGGCACUGGGGACGCAGACGCUGCGCCGCCGUCGGCGCAAGAACUGAAACGAGUUGAGCAUCUCGUCCUGUCGAUGGAGGCACCGCUGCUGGAAGGUCUCCGGUUUGACAUUAGCUCGACGGAUCCGUUUGCCAUGUUGGACGCGUGCUUUCGGGGCGGCAACUUGGAUGCCGACGACCGCGCCCAUAAAUUUGGCAAGCGUCUGGUGACCGAUAUCCUGCCCGUCACGUCCUUGUGGGUGCAGUUUCACGUCGAGUGUUUGGUGGUGGCCGUGCUGUACAUCGCAAGCGCUGCCGCCGCCACAGCCACCCACCCACAUGAGUUGCCGUCACCCCCACCAUAUCUCCCGCGCCUCCUGGCAUCGCAUCGCUACACGUUUGACUGUGCGAUCACGCAGCUACUGACCAUCUUUUACGCUGCGAGAUGCACCGAUCUUCCCCGUUCGACGGUCGAACAACGUAUUCAGCAGUUCCUCGAUGCCCAAGAUGCGUGUGGAGCCCCUGCGAUUCUCUUUUUGCCGUCGACUUGGCCGUCGGCAUUCUUGGCGCGGCAGGCGCCCCACCACCGAGUCCAAUUGAUGGCGAGUCACGUCGAGUGCGUGACGUCGAUUCGCCGUCGUGCAUUCGUCGGUCGCGUCAAGACCACGGGCGUGCCAUGGCCGGAACUGGCGGGUCGCGCGGUGUAUCUGCAACCGUGGCCGUACCGUCAGUCGGCGUCGUCGCACCACCACCAUCCAUCUCGAGGCAUGCCGGACGCCUGUUUGCGGGAACUCUCGACGCUUGUCAACGUCCACGCACGGGCCCCGACUUUGUUUGUGGCCCCAGUGGGGAUUUUGUUUCCACGGCGCGGCGGGGACGAUGUGGCCCACGAGGCGAGUAGUGCGACGAUGGAUAUUCACACCGAUUGGUUCCCGGUUGACAAGGCCGACCGGCACUCGUUUCGCCAUGGGUCCAAGUCGUCCGAGGCCAAGCCAACUCUUUCCAAAACGCUUCAGGAGAACGUCCAUUACCUCGUGUACGACCGACCGCUGCACACAGUGUCCACGCUGCUCGAAUCGACGGCCGACGCUGGAAUCCUGUCGUUUGCGACACGAAAGCGGAUGCUGUACCACUUGCUGCAGAGUGUCGCCAUGUGCCACGAGCAGAACAUUGUUCACCGAUUCCUCUCCCCCGCGAACUUGUUUGUCUUUGCCAAGUACGUCAAAUUGGGGGGAUUCCACUGUGCCCGCCACGUCGACACGAAAGGAGCGACAACCUUGCGAGGAUACGUCCUGUCUGAUAGCGAACACCUCGAGCAUUGCACGGGGUCGGCCUUGCAUCUCGCGGCGCCAGAGCUCCUCCUCGGCGACAAGGUGUUUACCAAACGCAGCGACGUGUGGAGCUUGGGCAUCGUGGGGCUCCAAAUUAUGCUGCAUGGACCGCCGCUCAUCGUUGGAAGGGACGUCCCGAAGCAGCUCGAGUACUUGUACCGCAUCUGCGGAUCCCCUCGAGAAGACUUGUGGCCGGACGCGAUGCACCUGCCCAACUUUGUGCAGCCCAACCGCAAGUACCAAACCCGUCUGCGUAAAGUCAUCCUCGAACGCAUGCAGUCGUUCCCGGACGCUGGCAUUGAAGUGUUUGAAAACCUUCUCGCGUUGGACCCGAAGCGACGAUGGCACGCGAAGCGGGCGCUGCAGGCGCCGUGGUUUGCCGACCAAGACGACGCAAUUUUGUUUGACUUUUCAACGAUUCCGCCCACGUUGGAGAACGCAGCAUCGACGUCGUUUCACCACCACAAAGAUAAGGGACUGCCGUCGUCGGCGAAGAAGCGAAAAGGACAUCACGGCGAACACACGGACAAAUCCACCCGCGAUCGCCACCACCACCGUCAUCAUCGUCGAUCUGGUGGCAGCGCCACUGGCUCCGUCGACGACGCCGUCAGAUAGCCAGGCUAGUACAAGACAUGCGAUGUCCUCAAAAACCAAGAUCCUCUUGAACACACGC